GCUCAUCGCCCGCCGGGAAAUAAGAUCCGUUACACGUGAUUCCCCGACUUCGAUUUCACCGACAGGCAACAAUAUUCCAUAUAGCUAUCAAAUUCAGGACUCUCUUGAAGAAACUAAGAACAUCCCAGUUUUCCCUCACCAUCCCCUUUCUCUUCAAAUCCAAAGCUACUCAGUGAACCCAAAAAAAAAAAAGCCCAGAAAAAAUGGCAGAGGGAGCUGUGUUCCACCUUCUGUCCAACUUCGCACCCUAUCUCCGAGAAGAGUUUAACUUGUCGUCCGGAGUACGGGAAGACAUCGAAUACAUAAGAGGCGAAUUCGAGCGCAUGACACAUUUUCUCAGAGUUGCUGAUGCGACAGAAGAUAGAGACCCGAAAAUCAAAGUAUGGGCGAAGCAAAUUCGAGAAGCUGCAUAUGACACUGCUGAUGCUCUUGACAUGUACAUGCUUCACCUCAGAUCUAGACAUCAUCAGAGCACCGGAUUCGGCGAGUAUGUACACAAGGUUUCUUUCUUUAUUCAGACUUUCAAAGCUCACCACCAAAUUGCUUCUGAAGUAGAAGGAAUCAAGUCCAGAAUCAUCGAUAUUUCUGAGGGACAUCAGCGAUAUAGUGACAUAUAUGGCGAAAUAGAGCAAGGCUCAAGCUCUAUUCCUUCAGACAUCGCAUGGUAUGAUUGUCAUGGCGAUGCCCUUCUACUCCAAGAUGAUGACCUUGUGGGCAUUGAAAAGCCCAAAUCACACCUGAUUGAGUGGCUCUUGGAUGAGGAUCCUCGACUCAAGGUGCUUUCUGUAGUAGGAAUGGGUGGAUUGGGCAAAACCACCCUUACAAAACAAGUCUAUGACGACGCAAUAGUGAAGAGGCACUUCCAGAACCAUGCUUGGAUCACCCUUUCUGAGUCAUUCAAGGUCGAAGAGCUUUUAAGAGACAUGAUUCGAGUGCUCUUUGAAGAAGUCAGGCAGCCACUCCCAAGAGGAGUGGACAAUAUGGAUGCAAACAGCUUGAAAGGUAUAAUUCAUGCCUUUUUGCGGCAAAAGAGGUAUGUGGUUAUUUUGGAUGAUGUAUGGGGUAUUCAAGCAUGGCAAGUUUUAAGAAUCAUACUUCCUGAAUGCAAUUGUGGAAGUCGAGUAAUUCUGACAACUAGAAAUGUAGAUUUAGCUUCUUCUGCUAGCGAAGAAUAUCAUGGCAUGGUGUAUAAUCUCGAGCCCUUGCCUCGCGAAGAGUCGUGGGCCUUGUUUUGCUCAAAGACAUUCAAGGAGAAUUCUUGUCCUUCAUAUUUGGAAGAUCUUUCAAAAAACAUCUUGAAAAAAUGUGAGGGGUUACCACUUGCAAUAGUAGCAAUUAGUGGUAUGUUAUCAACAAAACAUAAUAGUUUGAAUGAGUGGGAGAGGAUUUACCACGGCCUUGGUGCAGAACUAGAAGGAAAUGACAAACUCACGAGCAUGACUAAGAUAUUGUCCAUCAGUUACUUUGAUUUGCCUUACUAUCUUAAGUUAUGUUUUUUGUAG